UUAUAUGGAAUCAGGAAUCAGGAAUUUUUAUAUUCUAUUUUCGUUUUACUGUUUUCCGGUCUUCCAGUCUUCUUUCAAUAUUACUGUUACAAUAGCUCUGUGACUGCCAGCCUUUCCUGAGUUUCCGCAUAUCGUUGUGACAUCCGUAAUCUCUCCAGUUGAUCCCAAAAAUGAUGCUCGGAAGCCGUCCGAUCUUGGUUCUUAAUCAGAAUACGAAACGUGAAUCAGGACGGAAAGUUCAGUUAGGCAACAUCGCCGCUGCUAAGAAUGUGGCUGAUAUAAUCCGGACAUGUCUGGGUCCGCGCGCCAUGCUGAAGAUGCUGAUGGAUCCCACGGGGGGAAUUGUCAUUACAAACGACGGCAACUGUAUUCUCCGCGAAAUCACCGUCCAGCAUCCGGCUGCUAAGUCGAUGAUUGAAAUCUCGCGGACGCAGGACGAAGAAGUGGGCGACGGAACCACGUCGGUUAUCGUUCUCGCGGGGGAAAUGCUGACGGCCGGGGAGCCGUUUUUACAGCAGCAGCUGCAUCCCACCGUUAUCAUCAGCGCCUAUCGUCAAGCGCUGGAAGAUAUCAUCGUCCUGCUGCGCUCCGACCAGAUCAGUGUCUCUCUGGAUCCCAAUAAUCGCGAGGAGAUGAUUAAAAUCAUCAGCACAUGUCUGGGGACGAAAAUGCUCGGAAACUGGGAUAAGUUGGCGUGCGAAUUGGCGUACCAGGCAGUAAAAACGGUUUCAAUUGAAGAAAAUGGUCGCCGCGAGGUGGACAUUAAACGAUAUGCUAAAAUUGAAAAGGUUCCUGGUGGUGCUGUGGAAGAUUCACGUGUUUUAGAUGGUGUAAUGAUCAACAAGGACGUUACGCAUCCGAAAAUGAAACGGAGGAUUGUGAAUCCACGAAUCAUUCUGCUUGACUGUAACCUGGAGUACAAGAAAGGUGAAAGCCAGACGAACAUCGAAAUCAGCAAUGAAGCGGACUUCACGCGCAUUCUACAGCUGGAGGAAGAGUACAUCAAACAGAUGUGCGACGAGAUCAUCCAGUUCAAACCGGACGUGGUCUUCACCGAGAAGGGUGUUUCCGAUCUAGCGCAGCAUUUUCUUCUGAAAGCCGGCAUCACGGCCAUACGUCGCUUGCGCAAAACCGACAAUAAUCGCUUAGCCAGAGCUUGUGGCGCGCGCAUUGUCAACCGGACCGAUGAGCUGCGAGAGGAGGAUGUGGGAACACAGGCCGGUUUGUUUAAUGUGGAGAAGCUUGGCGAUGAGUACUGGAUUUUCGUCACUGAGUGCAAGCAGCCCAAGGCGUGCACUAUCCUGUUGCGCGGGGGCAGCAAGGACAUGCUUAACGAGGUGGAACGCAAUAUGAAUGAUGCCAUGAACGUGGCGCGUAAUGUAAUUCUGGAGCCGAGAAUCGUACCUGGCGGCGGCGCCGUGGAGAUGUUUCUGUCUCAGGCUAUUGCCAAGAAAGCCGAGGAGCUGAGCGGUGUACGCAAAGGACCUUAUGCCGCCGUGGGAACGGCGCUGGAGAUUAUUCCGCGUACGCUGGCGCAGAAUUGUGGUGCUAGUCCGAUUCGGACGCUGACCGCACUGCGGGCUAAACACAGCACCGCCGGUGGAACGUGGGGUGUUAAUGGGACCACCGGGGAGAUCGUCGAUAUGAAGGAGUACGGUGUCUGGGAGCCGUUGGCUGUCAAGAUGCAGACCUACAAAACAGCCGUCGAGACGGCGAUUUUAUUACUGCGCAUUGAUGACAUUGUCAGCGGUGCCAAGAAAGCUUCCGAUGUGGACAAGCCGGCCGGGCCGCAGAUCUCCGGUCCGACGGAAGAGUCAAUGCGGGAUGACUGAGUGGAGACUUGGAAAAAGAUCUUUUUUUAUAUAAUGAAGUGGAUCGGUCCAUUGUUUUUGACGGACAUUGCAGUCGUAUGUGUUUUUUCCUAAUAGUGGUGAGUUUGUUAAGUACUUUUUAUGCUGUUCCGGACGGUUCCUCUGGUUUUCUCGUUUUUGUUAACUUUAACUGAAAAUUUUAGUGCUGUUCAAAAUUAUUGACUAACAUUUGUCGUUACCAAAUUAUCCCGAUUUCGAAAGCCGAUACGAAGCCGUUGUAGGAGAAACCAGUAAAACAAGAGCGGAAGAAAAAGAGAAAAUGCAGAAUAAAUGCCAGAAAAAUU